GAGGAGGGGAGAGGAGAGAAAAAAAAGCUGUGAAAGAAGGAGAAAAACAGAAAGUUAUGCUGCUGUAGACAUGGACCUACGCUCAGAGCUCCUCAAGUCCAUUUGGUAUGGUUUCACAGCCUUGGAUCUAGAGAAGAGUGGGAAAGUGUCAAAGUCUCAACUUAAGGUCCUAUCACAUAACUUGUGUACGGUUCUGUCCAUCCCUCACGACCCGGUGGCUCUGGAAGAACAUUUCAGGGAUGAUGACGAUGGACCGGUCUCCAGCCAGGGGUACAUGCCUUACCUCAACAAAUACAUACUGGACAAGGUUGAAGAGGGCUGUUUUGUGAAAGAACAGGUUGAUGAACUGUGCUGGACUCUCACUGCUAAGAAGAACUACAAACCGGCGAAGGACAAUAAGAACGUGUUGCCAGGGAAAGAUGCCUUUCAUCUCUGGAGUCUGUUUAACUUUCUGUCAGAGGAUAAAUACCCUCUCGUUAUGGUUCCUGAUGAGGUGGAAUAUCUCCUGAAGAAGAUUUGCAUGGCCAUGAGUGUUGAGCUCAACUGUGUGGAGCUGGAAGACUUCAUCUCCCAGGAUGCAGUGCGACAGAAUGGUUUCACUGUCUGGUCCUUCCUGGAGAUGAUGAACACUGGGAAGAUAACCAGAGGCAUGGGCCAGGAAAUCACCAGCAUGGCCAUAGAGGAGGUCUACAGGGAGAUAGUUGCUGAUGUCCUCAAAGAGGGGUACCUGUGGAAAAAGAGUCAGCUGAGGAGGAACUGGAAGGAGCGCUGGUUCACCCUGAGGCCGAUUACACUGGAUUACUACACCAGUGAGGACCGCAAGGAGCGCCAGGGAAGCAUUGCUCUGGAUGGGAACUGCUGUGUGGAGGUGCUGCCAGACCGGGAUGGGAAGAGGUGUAUGUUCUGUCUGAAAACUCUGUCCAAGACCUACGAGAUGAGUGCCUCGGACACCAAGCAGAGACAGGAAUGGACUGCAGCCAUUCAGACAGCCAUCCGUCUACACACUGAAGGGAAGACCUCUCUCCACAAGGACCUGAAGCUGAAGAGGAGGGAGCAGAGGGAGCAGAGGGAGAAGAGGCGGCUGGCCAAGGAGGAGGAGCAGCAACGUUUUCAGGCUCUGCAGGAGGAGAAGGAGGGUAAGCUGGCCGAGCUGGAGCUCCUAAAGGAGGCGCAGAGGCAGGCCCAAGCCCUCCUGGAGCAGGACGAGAUGAGACGGCGCCAGCAUCAUGAGGAGAUGCAACAGGCCCUGGAGGUGCAGCUCCGCGAGGCAAAGGAGUCGCGGGCCACCAUGCAGGCAGAGAUGGUUCUGAAGGAGGAGGAGGCGGAGCGGCAGAGGAAGAGGAUCAAGGAGCUGGAGGAGAUGCAGACAAGUCUGGAGGAGGCUCUACAGCAGGAGAUCAAAGCCCGGCAGGACGAAGAGGUCUUUCGAUACGCACAGACUGGUUUGCUGUCUGAGGAGGAGGACAAGAUGAAGGCCCUGAUGGCGCUGCAAGAGGAGCAGGAGGAGUACAUCCUAAAGACCCAGAGGGAGAAGCAGGAGCUAAGGCAAGAGAUGGAGAACAAGUCUCGCGCUCUUGAGGAGGCCCAAAGGCAGCUGGAGGAGGUCAGGGCCAACCGCUACAGGGUCGACCAGGACGUUGUGGCUGCCCAGAGGAAGCUUCGCCAGGCCAGCACCAAUGUCAAACACUGGAAUGUUCAGAUGAACCGACUGAUGCGUCCUAUUGGACCAGGAGAGAAGAGACCAUCAGGGGGGGGCUCUUUCUCCAGCUUCCAGAUCCCAUCCCAGAGAGAUCCAGGUCUGCGUCUGAGACAGAGGUCUGAGGAGCCAGACGAGGAAAGCAAGGAAAACGUGGACAACAGCAGCAGUGCAGGGUUGGGGUGUGAUGGAGAGAGAGUAGAGAGGCGUCUCUCUCAGGCCUCUAACGGAGACAUGGACAUUCCCUGAGGAUCAUAUGGUGCUUCUCGUCAAAGCCUAACUCAUCAACUGUUUAUUUUGUUUGUGUUUUUUCUAAUGGAAAAGCAAGGUGGAGAACCUUUUAGUAUGAAAUCAUAUUUUUAGGUUAACUUCCUGUCAAUUGCUGGGUAGGAUAAAGGGAAAGUAAACACACGGUUCAAAUGUUCUCCCACAAACAUUUUUGUAAUUGUAUUAACUUUUUAGUAGUUUGUAUUAUUCUCUCACCUUAUCUCACAGUAUGUUAUAACAGAUCUCCAUGUUUUAAUGAAGAAUGAAAGAACCAUAAUGCACCACUAUGAAUUUUGUAGAUAUAUUUACUAAGUAGUUUGUAACCUCGUCCCCAGGCUCAAUUGAGCUGGCUGGCAGACCAGAUUAAAUGGUUUGGAAUCUAGUUUUUGCUCCCCUCUUUGUGUGUCUCCAUUAAAAGUAUUAUCAAACGAUAACGGGUUGGGCUCGAUAUGCAAACAGAGAGGACUGAUUUGUAGAGGGAAACUAAUGCAAACUGCUUCUGUGGUCUCUAUUUCCUGUUUCCGUUGUAAGUCAACAGAGAUCAAGGCUCUUUCUGUGGUGCCUGCCUUACCUACAUAUUAUGCAACAUUGACGUGGCAGUUUCUCAAUGUUCGUGUCUAAUUCAAGGGAAUUCUCUUGCUUUUUAUUUGAGUGCAUCCAUUGCAUUAUUUACACUGAGUGUUCAAAAUAUUAGGAACACCUUCCUAAUAUUCAGUUGCACUCCCUUUUGCCCUCAACAGCGUCGGGGCAUGGACUCUACAAGGUGUCAAAAGCGUUCCACAGGGAUGCUGGCCCAUGUUGACUCCAAUGCUUUCCACAGUUAUAUCAUGUUGACUGGAUGUCCUUCGGGUGGUGGACAAUUCUUGAUACACACAGGAAACUGUUGAGCGUGAAAGACCCAGCAGCUUUGCAGUUCUUGACACAAACCUGUGUGCCUGGCUCCUAGUACCAUACCCGGUUUAAAAGGCACUUAAAUAUUUUGUCUUGCCCAUUCACCCUCUGAAUGACAGAUAUACACAAUACAUGUCUCAACUAUCUCAAGGCUUAAAAAUCCUUCUUAGUGAGCGUUUCUCCUUUGCCAAUUUUAUCCAUCCGCCUGACCGGUGUGGCAUAUCAAGAAGCUGAUUAAACAGCAUGAUCAUUACACUGGUGCACCUUGUGCUGGGUACAAUAAAAGGACACUUUAAAAUGUGCAGGUUUUGAGGGAGCAUGCAAUUGGCAUGCUGACUGUUGGAAUGUCCACCAGAGCUGUUGCCAGAGAAUUUAAUGUUAAUUUCUCUACCAUUAGCUGCUUUCAAUGUUAUUUUAGAGAAUUUGGCAGGAAGUCCAACCAGCCUCAAAACCGCAGACCAUGUGUAACAAAAGCAAGCCCAGGACCUCCACAUCCAGCUUCUUCACCUGCGGUUUCAUCUGAGGGGGUACUGAGGAGUUUAUAUGUCUGUAAUAAAGCCCUUUUGAGGGGAAAAACUCAUUCUGAUUGGAUGGGCCUGGGUACCCAGUGGGUGGGCCUAUGCCCACCCAUGGCUGCACCACUGCCCAGCCAUGAAAUCCAUAGAGUAGGGUCAAAUGUAUUUAUUUCAGAUUUUUUUUAUAUGAACUGUAACUGUAAAAUAUUUGAAAUGAUUGCAUUUGUAUUUUUAUUCAUUAUAAAAAGGCCCUACAAAAUCC